AUGACUACACCAUAUGAGAAUAGUCGCCUCAAAAGAAUUGCAGAGAAUAAGAAAAAGUUAGCGGCUCUCAAUCUUCCUACACUCUCUCAAUCCCUUCACAAAUCAUCAGAGUCUUCUUCCAAACCAUCACUGUCUGUGAAGGGCCGUUCAAGGUUUGUACAACCUGGAGAGCUUGAAGUAAAUAAGAAGCGCCUACGUUCAAUUAUAACUCGCAAAUCAUCAAUAACCCCUCCACCAAUGGAAACUACAAUAACCCCUCCACCAAUGGAAACUACAAUAACCCCUCCGUCAAUCCAAAUUGCAAAAGAUGUUGUGGUAAAAGAUGAGGAUGGAGAUGACAUGGUAGGAGAUGAGGCUGAUGAUGUUGUGGUAGGAGAUGGGACUGGAGAUGUUGUAUUAGGAGAUGAGGCUGAAGAUGUUGUGGUAGGAGAUGAGGCUGAAGAUGAUGUGGUAGGAGAUGAGGCUGAAGAUGUUUUAUUAGGAGAUGAGGCUGAAGAUGUUGUGGUAGGAGAUGAGGCUGAAGAUGUUGUGGUAGGAGAUGGGACUGGAGAUGUUGUUAAAGUGGCUAAAUCUGAGUAUUGGGAUGUAAAUGUCAUUAACGAGGAAGGUUAUGUUUCAAACACACGUUUAUGUGUGAAAGACUUGGUUGCGAAAUCAGAGCCUGAUGGAACAUGGAUAAUACUUGAAUUCAAUAAGAAUGAUUGUGCAGUAGGACCGGCUUCUGGUUUGCUAGCAGGAUAUUUGGGUAUAAUUAUUAGAAUGUUUAGAGAUAUUCCCAUAAUGUUUGAGAGUUGGAAGAAUGUUCCAGCAGAUACAAAAACAAAGUUUUAUGAAUCAAAGAUAAAGCGCCAUUUUCUUGUGGAUGAUGGGUGUGACAAAGAUUUUGUACUUGCUUCUGCUGCAAGGAAAUGGAAGGAUGCCCGACAUACAUUGUUUCACGAAUUUUAUAGAUGGGAUCUCCCUUUGGAGGAAAAUCUUCAAAAUUAUCCAAAAUGUAGAGGCAUUCCUGAAAAUGACUGGGCUGUUUAUGUUCAAUAUAGGCGGAAAGAAAAAACACAGAAAAUAUCCCAAAAAAAUUCCCAAAAUAGAGCAAAAUUGAAGGCUCCGCAUACACUCGGAUCUAAGUCGCUUGCAAGGAAGAAACAUGAGUUGGAAAUGAGAGAUGGACGAACAUACAGCAGAGGAGAAAUGUAUGCAGUUUCUCAUAAAAAGCCUAACGGGUCAUUUAUCAAUGAAGAUGCAUACAACAAUAAUAAAAAAUUACAAGCUGCAAUUAAGGAUUCUGUGUCUGAAAAUGAGGCAUUUCAGAAAGUAUUUGGAAAAGAAAAGCAUGGAUAUGUUCGUAGUAUGGGACUUGGAGUUACACCAUCUCAAAUUAAUAGAUCUACGAGAUCGACAUCUUCUUCUGCAGAAAGUGAACAAAUAAAGGAAAUGCAAGAAGAAAUUAAUGCACUUAAAGAAAAGAAUUCAAAAAUUGAUGAAUUAACACAGGCAAUCAUAUUCUUAACGCAAAGGGACAAGGCGAGGACAAAGGAAAUUGAACUCUUAAUGCAAAUGCAGAAUUUUAGUGGAAGACAGGGAUUGGAAUCACCCGCUGAUGGUAGACGUUCAUCUGAGUCUAGCUACCGUAUUGGAGAUAAUGGAACUUCAGGGGGGACAAAUUAG